AUUCCAUGGGCAAGUGAGACCCGAACAAUGUCGACCAAUCCAUCCCGUCCACUAGACAUCUCCAGUCCUAAUCGCAAUCAAGACGAUCUCGCCCCGUCAUCGACCCACGACCAUGGCCAGGCGGGAAGUCCUGCUUUUCGCUUCGGCACCCCAACAGCCCGUCUUGGUCCCCCUCCUCGACAAGGCACUCCUUCUACUCCGCCAAUAGCAAACAUCCCACCUCGUUCAGCAGGUGACGCUUCUCCUGCUCCUGCUGGUGCUGGUCUUCCUGCAAGCUUCACGGCACGUUCCUGGCGUGCACGGACCCCAAUGACGGGUGGAUCGAGUACGCCAACGGGUAUGGGCACAAGUGAAAGCCCCAGAAUGAACCUCGAAGAUGUGACAGACGAGGAGAUGGCGCGUGUAUUAAGACGGCAUCUUGUCCUCCGCCGUGGGGCAGAUGUGAACACCGACGAGGGUUCGGCACAUAGUCGGCGCCCUUCAGACUCUGGAUCGAACGAGAUCCAGAGAGAAGACUCUUUAGAGGCAUUCCCGAUUCCGUAUGAUGCUCCUGGAGGUGAUAUAACACAUCCGAUUUACAAGUGGCAAGCAGACCAGAAGCGCCAGGCACGUCGUCCUCGUGCGGCAUCAUUCACUGCUCCGGCUCCGGAGCCAAUACAUUCACCUCAUCCAGCGUUCGAACAUAUUCAUGCGCCAGGCGGCUUCCGGCGACAUUACGUUCUCACUCGUGCUAACGAACGGGGCGUAGAAGAGCCUGCGGUUUCUAAUAAUUUCAUUGAGUUCUUGUAUCUCUUUGGUCAUUUCGCUGGUGAAGAUCUUGAAGAAGAUGAGGAAGACGAGGAAGGAGUUCUACUAGGAGUAGAGCAAGAAGCAAUUGCAGGCCCUUCAGCUCUGUACAAGACUACUGAGACCGCACCCCUUUUGGGUCAACGUGUAGUUAGCCAACGCUCCCUCUCCAGAGCAAGGCGCUCUGCUCGCAGGAAGAGCAUCGGGCUUGAAACUCGUGGCGACGCAACCGUCACACAAGCAGUGCUAAUGCUUAUGAAGUCCUUCGUCGGAACCGGCGUAUUAUUUCUUGGGAAAGCUUUCUUCAACGGAGGAAUCUUGUUUUCUGCCAUCACCAUGACUGCGAUUGCAAUAAUAUCGCUAUAUUCAUUCUUACUUCUUGUCAAGACUAAAGAUAUCGUUCCUGGAAGCUACGGGGAUAUCGGCGGUGCAUUGUAUGGUCCGUGGAUGCGCUACGCGAUUCUAACAGCGAUUAUGCUGUCGCAGAUCGGUUUCGUGUGUGCAUACACGAUCUUCGUCUCAGAGAACCUGCAGGCUUUCGUUCUAGCAAUCACGAAAUGUGCACGACUCAUCUCUGUUCAAUACUUCAUCCUGAUGCAACUCGUGAUCUUCCUCCCGCUUGCUCUUGUCCGCAAUAUCGCGAAGUUGAGCUCGACUGCGCUCGUUGCAGACGUCUUUAUUUUGUUGGGUUUGGUGUAUAUUUUCGGUAGUGAGAUUGCGGUUAUUAGCAGUAGGGGAAUUGCAAAAGUGGAGUUGUUCAACCCGAAGAGCUUCCCGCUGCUUAUUGGAACAGCUGUCUUCUCGUUCGAAGGUGUGGGAUUGGUUAUCCCCAUAUCUGAUUCCAUGCGUGAACCACACAAGUUCACAGCAGUCCUCACGGGUGUCAUGCUGUUCCUGAUUGUCCUCUUUGGUGGAGCGGGCGUGCUCGCUUACUUAGCAUUCGGCAACGAAGUACAAACCGUGGUAAUCACGAACCUGAACUCAGAAAGCAAACUCGUGCAAUCCGUGCAGUUUCUAUACUCACUUGCCAUCCUGUUGUCUGUACCGCUACAGCUGUUCCCUGCAGUGCGCAUCAUGGAGAACGGCUUGUUCUCUCGAAGUGGGAAAGGGAACCCGAAGGUCAAGUGGCAGAAGAAUACUUUACGGUUUGUGAUUGUGAUGGGUUGUGCGCUGAUUAGUUGGGCUGGUGCAAGGGAUUUGGAUAAGUUCGUCGCGCUUGUCGGGAGCUUUGCUUGUGUUCCGUUAUGUUACGUGUACCCAGCAAUGCUACACUACAAAGCAUGCGCACGUUCACGUCGUCAGAAGAUAGCCGACGUUGCGCUCAUGAUCUUUGGAUCCGUCGCUGCUCUUUAUACGACUAUACAGACUAUUUCGUUGAUGGCAGCGCCAGCGGAAGGCGGCCCUACCUUCGGGAAAUGCGAUACAACUGCUCCGCGUUCUUGAAUGAGCAUUGGCAUAUAGGAAAUCGCCUAAACUUCAAGAUUUUCGUCAUAAAUAAUCGGUCGAAAUUACCACUAGCUGUGCUCAAUUCUUGUUUUUGAUGCUCUGUAUUUUGUUCCCCGGCACGUCCUCGGGAGUCGGAAGAGAGUAGAAACCGGUAAAUACAGGGAGAGAAAUACAGCUAAGAAAUGAGCACCUUAAGUAGCACAGAUCCAUCAUUCCAUCGGACAAUCAAAAGUGUAAAUAGAGUAAGCAGACCUUGUCUUAGAUCUAUGUAAGGCUGCCGGACCAGCCGUUCUCUUAGUUUCAUUCUCCGACGUGCAAAAUACACGAAAUACACCUCCUCAAGGUGUGUCUGCUGUUUCUAA